GCCAAAGAAAGAAGGAAACACUCUCUCUCUUCCUCUCUCGCGCUUUGGUUUUGUUUUGUGCUUUUUUUCUCAAACGGUUUGGUUUUUGUUUUUAUUUUUGUUUUCGUUGACAACUUCACCAACCAUCUUUUUCUUUCUCUCUCUCCUCUGCGCGCGACGCAGACGAAACUCUUUCUCUCUCUUCGACUCAGAGAGAAAAGAAUAUUUUCUUUUUUAAUAUUUAUUUUUCUGAAGAAACCAUUGUUGAAAACGCUUAAGCCUAACCUCCUUAUCCUCAAUCUCAAUUCUCGCACAUCCUGAGAGCAGAGCGUCUCAGGAUAAUGCCGCUUUCUAGGGUUUUCUUUCCGGGCUGUGGUUUUCCCGUGGAGGCAGUGUUCGCUACUCUGCUUUAAUUCGAGGUACCGUUUCUUUGGGGGUGUGUUGUGAGGUAUUGGUUGGUGCAUUGUUGCGUUUCUUUUACCUUUGUUGGUUUAUCGGAUUUUUGAAGUUAAUCAGAGAGUGACGGGUUAGUGGUGGUGCGGUGUCAUUUAUGAUUCUUGAAUGAUUGAGAUGGGGUCGUGUGGGAGAUCUGCUACCGUUAAUGAUCCCUCUGGAGGGUCUGUUAUUGAGCAGCAUUUGUACUCAGAGGUUGCGGAGCAGGUUGUUUCUGUGCAGGAGUCUUGUUUGGAAGUGGCCUGCAAUGUUGUGGACUCUAAUGCUGACCUCUCCACUGUGACCGAUGGUUAUGUGGGAGAGGACCUUGUGGGUUCUGCAAGGUGUCUAGAUGAGGGGUCUUGUGAUGCUCUGGGUUUGGCAAGUGAAUGUGAAAAUGCUGAUUUGUUGUCACUGGAGAAACCCGCUGAAGAUGAUUGUCUGAAUUGUUUGGGGGUUUCUUAUGGGGGCAUUGAAGUUCCCUGUGCAAGCAGUGGCCCUGAGGGGAAUUUUCAGGGUGAGGAAAUCUUUGAUCUGCGGUCGCGGCCCCUGACUACUGAUGAUUCCCCGAGGCUUUGUGCUCAGCAGGAUGGGCAGAAAGAUGAUAAGAGCCACGUGUCACCUGCAGCAGGAGAUGAGUCCCUCGUUGUGGGAGGCAAAAUCGAUGACACAGGUCUUCUUGGUGAUGUUUUCAAUCAUGUACUUGAUUUCAGGGACUCUGAAAUGUCUUUGGAAUUAGAAUCUGUGGCUGACUUGUUAGUUGAUUGCAACCAGCAAAAUGAGCAGCAGGAAAUUAUGAGAAAUGCAGAUUCCUUGUUCAAUGUUGUGGAAAAAUGUGAUAAUCUAAUUGGGACAGAAGCUGAUGGAUGCUGGCAGGUAUCUCCUACUGCGGAUAUGGAAGUGCCAUCUGGCGCACUAUGUGCAGAUACCGAAGUAGAGAGCACAAGUGAUCCGAAAGAUGGUGAGGUCCAUAAUAGUACUUGUGAAGAAAAGGUUAAAUCUUUUGUUGAUGAAGAAAUCAUUGUCAUUAAUUCAUGUGUAAAAAUAUCAUCCUCUCCAGGUUGCCAUGGGACUGUUGAGAGCUCAUCUGUAGAUUCUCCUUGUGAGCCUGCCUUGUUGGAUCCAGGUUGUGAAAUGAAGAAAGAUGUACUACAAAUAGAAGAUGCUUUCUGUAAAUUGAAGGACUGUUCCUCAGAAGAAACUAGCAACUCUACCUUUAGGGAGCCGUUUUCUCCAGAAUCAGGCCUGCCCUCGGUUGCUUCAAUUGCCAACUGCUCUUCAAAGGAUGUUUCUGAUCUCCAUUUUAAGGGUGAUGAUGUUUCUACUCCUGCUACCAAUAAUGCUGUGGACGAUCCAGGGCAGAUGGUUAAUGAUGGAAAAGAAGCACUUAAUGUUGAUUGUAUCACUGAAAGCAUUUCAUUACUUUCUCAAAGGAAUAGUCGAAGAAGUAAAGUAGGCCGCAAGACACAGACCAAAAAGGCUUCAAGAAGAGGCAAGAACAAAACCAAGGUGACAUGUCCAAAUGGGGAUUACAUGAAGUUAUAUUCAGAGGCUGCUAGAAAGAAAAGAACUUGUUUCUCCAAACCAGCUCGUUCUUCUAUCUGGGGAUUGAUUGGGAAUAUUGAACAUUUUUUUGAGCACUAUAAUGAGCACGCAGUUGGUGAAGCUGUAUGUCAAGAAUUUGGGAAGGCAAGAAGCAAGCGUCAAAGUGGGAAAACAGUUAAGAAUAAUGCAAGUACUGGCUCAUUGAGUUCAGAACAGAAGUGUCCUGUUUCAACCACCCGUGUUCGUCUAAAGAUCAAAUUUGGUAAAGAACCCGAUUUAAGUUGCUCAAAUGUCUUGACUCCUGAGUCUGUUGAUGGCUUGGCUUCUGCUUCCUACUUGGAGUCUGGUUCAGCUUCUCAGAAAAUAGCCAGCAAUCUCGAAGAUAAAAUGUUGAAAGUGGUGACAUUGGGCAAUACAGAAUCUUUCAACAAUAACGUGGAUAAGGAUGAUCUUGUUCGAAAUGGACAAGUGGCUAAUAGCCCCAUAGAAGGACAUACUGAAAUAACCGAGAAGGCAGAUGGAGAUGUAGAGGAACAUUGUCUUGCAGCUCCUCCAGAGAAGGUGGUUGAGGCACUGAUUGAACCUAUCAACAACAAGGGUAUGGAUCCUGGAACUUCACCUGAUUCUGAAGUGAUCAAUUCAAUUCCCGAAGUCCAUGUUGGAGAGAGACAUGAAGAUUUACAUGAUGCUGUUUUAGGUUCUUCUAAAGUGUUAAAUUCUAUAGUGGAUGCCACUGUAAGUAGAAGAGGGAAGAAGAAAGACAAACUUAUCAGUUCAGGUAUUUGUAUCACUGAAGAUGAAUCUCAAGGUCCACCUAGGAACCGUAGACGGAAGCAGUCAAAGAACCGCAGGGGUAAGAAAAAUGGUACGGGUGCAAUUAGCUCUUUGGAUUUGUCUACUCUCACUCAGAUAAGCAAAUCUACGAGCAGUAAAGAAUUAUGCCCUGAAUCUUUGUCCCUUUCUGGAGAGACUGAACUUGGACGCACUGCUGAGGCUUUGAAAGUUAAAAAUGACAUGGACAUUAAUACAAGUUGCAAACCAUCAGUUGACAAUGGAUUUUCAGAAUCUCAGGUUUCUGAGAAUAUGCCGUCUUCUGCAAGGCCUUUGGGUCGUAAACUACCUAAAAGUCUUAGACCCAGUAAAGUUAGCAGGACCAAAUUUAAAGCUUCUGACUCGGCUGACAGGAAAAAGACUACAUGUACACGAAAGGAGAAACAGAAAAAGCCAAUUGUUAAGUCUGAAGUCAAGAGAAAAGGUGCCUCUCUUAAAAUUACAUGUGAAAUGGAAGAUCGCGCACAUGCAGAAGCAAAUAUUGGAAAUCAUAAACUGGAUGCUGUCAGAAAAAUUAAUGCCGAGGACAACAAAGUAUCAGUCAACGUAUCUAGUUUGGACACGCUGUCUGGUGUUGGACUGGGUGGGCAACUUCCGUCUCCCCGUAAUGCGUGGGUGCGAUGUGAUGAUUGUUACAAAUGGAGGCGAAUUCCAGCUGUGCUUGCAGACCUAAUUGAUGAAACUAACCGUACCUGGACAUGUAAGGACAGCAGUGAUAAAGCUUUUGCUGACUGUGCUGUUCCUCAAGAAAAGUCAAAUGCAGAGAUUAAUGCAGAGUUGGGAUUAUCAGAUGCCUCGGGUGACGAAGAUGCAUAUGAAGGCUCCAAAAAUUUUAAGGAAUUAGAAUAUCGGCCUCCAUUUGUUUUCCAGGGGUCAACUUUUACCCAUAUAUUCACCAAUGAAUUCCUGCAUCGUAGCCAUAAAACUCAGACUAUUGAUGAGAUAAUGGUCUGUCAUUGCAAGGCACCUCAAGAAGGAAAGUUCGGCUGUGGGGAUGAAUGCCUAAAUCGGAUGCUUAAUAUUGAAUGUGCGCAAGGAACAUGUCCGUGUGGGGACCGUUGUUCUAACCAGCAGUUCCAAAAACGCAAGUAUGCUAGCCUGAGGUGGUUUAAAUGUGGGAAAAAGGGUUAUGGACUGAAGGCACUUGGCAAUGUUGCUAAAGGCCAGUUUCUUAUUGAAUACGUUGGAGAGGUGCUUGAUAUGCAAACGUAUGAGGCACGGCAAAGGGAAUAUGCUUUGAAGGGUCAUCGACAUUUCUAUUUUAUGACCUUGAAUGGCAGUGAGGUAAUAGAUGCAAGUGCUAAAGGAAACUUGGGGCGUUUCAUUAAUCAUAGUUGUGAUCCUAAUUGUCGGACAGAGAAGUGGAUGGUGAAUGGGGAGAUCUGUAUUGGACUGUUUGCACUGAGGGAUAUUAAGCAGGAUGAAGAAUUGACAUUUGACUACAACUAUGUAAGGGUUUUUGGUGCUGCAGCAAAAAAAUGUUAUUGUGGUUCACCUAGUUGUCGAGGUUAUAUAGGUGGUGGUGAUCCACUUAAUGCUGAACUGAUAGUUCAAAGUGAUUCAGAAGAAGAAUUUCCAGAACCUGUUAUGCUUACGAGAGAUGGUGAAAUUGAAGAGGCACCCAAGUAUUUUAAUAAUGAUGAUACAGAAUCUGCUAGAAUUAUGUUAAAAGGCAGGGAUGUAUUGGAAAAGUCGACAAGCGCUAUAGAUUCAGAUGGUUCUCCAGAAAAAGAAAGUUUCAUGAACCCUGCCUCUGCUGUUUCUCUGUUGCACAGCUCAGCAGAAAUGGAUGAUUCAAAGGGCAAGUUACCAUCUGCCAUUCGAGUUGAAGAAAUUUCUCAACAAAUGGAGGAUGUAACAAGCAAACCCAUGCCUGCCGUACAAGGAUAUGAAAAGGAAAAGGAAUCAGAGUUUGCAGACAAAACUUCUUCCACUCAAAGAUUAGAGACUACUUCUCCCCUUACAGCUGCUAGCAAAAUGUUAUCUAAUUCGACUGGUAGUAAUAGGGAAUCCAAGUCUGAAAUAAUUGAAGGCAAGAAGAAUCCCAAGUUAAAUGGUUCUGUUAAAAAGGGAAAGGUCCAUACUAGUCCUCCAAAUGGCCUUAAAGCCGAGGUGACAGCCAAUCGAUUGCAGUUGUCAUCUGUCAAACAUAAAAAGUUUGAAGGUUCUUCCAAUGGACGGUUUGAAGCAGUUCAAGAGAAACUUAAUGAGUUGCUGGAUGGAGAUGGGGGAAUAAGCAAAAGAAAGGAUGCUACCAAAGGGUACUUGAAGCUUUUGUUUCUUACUGUGGCAUCUGGUGAUAGAAGCAACGGUGAAGCAAUUCAAAGUAAUCGAGAUCUUUCCAUGAUACUUGACGCCCUUCUGAAAACAAAAUCUAGAGCAGUGCUGAAUGAUAUAAUUAACAAAAAUGGUUUACAGAUGUUACAUAACAUUAUGAAGCAGUACAGGCAGGACUUCAAAAAAAUUCCAAUACUGCGAAAGCUUCUGAAGGUCUUAGAGUACCUAGCAGCAAGCAAGAUUUUGACACCUGAACAGAUUAAUGGUGGUCCUCCGUGUCAUGGGAUGGAGAGCUUUAGGGAGUCAAUGCUUUCUCUGACAGAGCAUGAUGACAAACAGGUCCAUCAAAUUGCUCGAAGCUUCCGAGACAGAUGGUUUCCCAGACCCAACAGAAAACAUGGCUAUUUGGACAGGGAUGAUAAUAGAAUGGAAUCUCAUAGAACUUUCAAUGGUAACAGAUUUUCAGCAUCACACUCUCAUAGACAUGAACAGGAUUUAAGGGCUGCAGAAGCAAUGGAUUGUAGUCAGCAGUCUAUGCACGUGACAACUCCAGUAGAUGCUGAUACCCAGGAAAGCUGUCCUGCCCACUCUGUAGAUGGGGUUGAAAUCAAAGGACCUAAAAAACGGAAGCGCAAGAGCCGAUGGGAUCAACCAGCGAAGUCAAACUCACUUUCUGAUGCCGUUAUGAGCUCCGUUGGUGAAAGCCAGAACAUUCAUGAGGAUGUUCCACCAGGGUUUUCGUGUCCAAUAGGUCCACUAAAUGCUUCUUCCCUAAACUCUGGCAAUCUUGUAUUGCAAAAUGCAAGCCGUUCUGGAUGUCCCUCUGAUUUAGUAGUUGGUCAUUCAAAAAGGAAAUUUAAUUCUCGCUUGCCUGUGGCUUAUGGAAUGCCAUGGUCUGUUGCCCAGCAAUAUGGAACACCUCAUACUGAAUUUCCAGAGCGCUGGGUCACUGCACCUGGCAUACCUUUCGUUCCAUUUCCUCCACUACCCCCAUAUCCUCGAGACAAUAAAGACUCUCAACCUUCUAAUAAUUAUAGUGCUAUGAUAAUCGAUCAGCCUGCUGAAGCUAUGACAAGAGAUCACUCUGCUGAAGUCAAGGAGGGUGAUAACAGUAGUAUGGUCACUUGUUGCGCAGAUGAUAUGAUUCCCAGCACAACUAGUGCUAACCCUGAAGAGUCAAACCUUCUGUUUGAGGACAACGAAGCCAAACGAAUGAAGGGUGACUCCCAUGAUUUGGUAACGAAGUACUAUAGACAGCAGAAAUGGAAUAAUUCAAAAAUACAUCGACCAUGGUUCCGGAGGAAUGCAUGGAAAUGUAAUGAGAACAACUCUAAUGGUGAUAUGUGCAGUAUAGAUGUAGAUGUACCAAAAGAGUCGGAAGAUACUUGUGAUGCGGAGGAUGCAAUCUGUAGAGAGGAGAAAGGUGGCAAUAAUAUUUAUUAGCAUGCACAGCAGCAAUAUUGUUCACAGGAAAAAAAGAAAUUAUUUUUGUUUUCUUUUUUCUUCCUUAUACAUUAAUGUACUGUCAAUUCAUUCGUUCCUGAAUCUAUUAUUCAAUGAAAAUAUCAUUCAAUUUCA